AUGGCUGCACGGCAGGAACCGUCAAUGUGUGCUCCACAGGAGCAGGAAGAAGGGAGCACGAUAAGUGGGCUGUUUAGAGUUGCUGACGACUGCUGCACACGGGCCUGCCUCAGGCACCUUGCGACGUGGGUAGUGUACGGCGGAUGGUUGGUUGGCUUGCUGCAACCUGUGGGGAAAUUUUGUGCUUAUGUCAGUGCGACUGAGGAAUGUGCCAUUAAGAUCCGGUGGAUUUUGGCAAAUGGCUGUGAAGUUUUUGUAGCACCUGCAGCACCUGCAGCGCCUGCCGAAUGGAACCCUGAGCCUAGCGGGAGACAGUUUAGUCCUCUACAGAUGCCCGAUGGAUCUCACAUGAAUUCGAUCAACCUUAAAGCGAAGAGCUUUGGAGCGCCCUUUACCCGCAUCGAAGGGAUGCUGGGAGGUAACCAGGAAGCCUUGUGGACAGCAACCAUGAGACACACUAGUGGCGACACGCGUCUGAACGGCGGCAAUCUCUGCGGGCACGUUGUAGUAUUCCCAGCGUGGGUCUCUCACUAUGCGCUGUUUGAAGACAGGCAACUGUGGUUUUCCCGAGACUGGAAUUGGAGGAAGUAUGAGCCUAGGUUGGAUUCACAGUUAGGCAAAUGUCCCAAAGUCAGCAGCCAGCACUGGGAGCGCAGAGCACCGACCGCUGAGGGCGACAGAGAUGCAGAGGCGGUUCUACCCGGAGGACUACUGUGCAUUGACAUGAUUGAGAGAACGAGCAACAUCUAA